AUGCUCGUAUCAGUUGCGCUUGUGCUUGCAAACUGUCUACUCCAGACAGCGUCCGCAAGGCUCCUGGGUCCGCAAGGCGUGCCUCCUCAGCCGGGACACGUGAGACACGGCGCAAUCUCCGUCGAGUCAGAUCCCGUACUUGAGAUUCGCGACUCGGACGGCUUCAUCCCGUUCAAGGCGGGCCAGUACACGACGAAGCGGCAGAAUGACACGCUGUGCAACACCGACGGCGGCCGGCAAUCGACCGGCACGGUGGACGUGACCGACCACCGACGCCUCUUCUACUGGUUCCUCGAGAGCAGAGGUGACCCCAAGAAGGACCCGGUCGUUGUGUGGAUCAACGGCGGCCCGGGAGAGUCGUCCAUGUACGGCGCCCUCACGGAGAUGGGCGCCUGCACGCUCGUGCCGGGCACGAACACGACGGAGCCGAACCCGUGGAGCUGGAGCAACAACGCCUCCGUGCUGUUCCUCGAGCAACCCGCCGGCACGGGCCUAUCCAUGGUCUCAGAUGAGGAACACUUGCCGACCGGCGAUGAAGAUGCGGCUGAGGACUUUCAGACUUUCCUCAACAUCUUCUUCACCGAACUGUUCCCUGAGUGGGCGCACCUACCGAUCCAUUUUGCCGCGGAGUCGUACGGCGGCCAUUACGCGCCGACAUAUGUCAAGCACAUUCUCGAGUCGCGACGGCUCGGCAGCAAGAACGCCUUCCGGGGCAACAUCACGUCCAUGAUCAUCGUGAAUGGCUUGGUCGACCUGCCCGCGACGGCACUGGGCGCAUAUGAACUGCUCUGCGAAAGCGAUCGCGGCAAGGGCAUUGUGAAUGAGACGGCCUGCGACGCCAUGCGCGAGAUUUAUCCGGAAUGUUGGAGGCAGCGUCAGGUCUGCAUAGCAACUGACGAUCCCAUCUUAUGCUACGGUGCGGCGACAUACUGCCAGAAAUGGCAGCCCUUUUACGAUCAAUCAGGCUAUGAUCUUUAUGACAUCCGCCACAAAUGCGCCGACCCUACGUGCGCAGAUCCCGUGCAGGGCAACAUAACGCAGUACCUUCGUCAGCCAGGCACGCUGUCCGCGCUCGGCCUCCCGCCAAGCUUCAUGUUCCUCGACGCGAACUGGGUGCUCGGCGGCAGGUACUGGAGCGCGGGGUACUCUGAAGGCUACUCGUAUUACCGCUCCAUGCUCGCGGACAUUGCGCGCGUGCUCGACGACGACGCCCACAAGACGCAGCAGGCCGACGACGCCAUCAGGCUGUUGGUGCUCAACGGCAACGACGACUUCGUCUGCAACACGCCCGGCAACAAGAUGGCGUACGACGAGGUGCGGUGGAGCGGCCAGGCGGAGUACCGGGCGGCGCGGUGGGCGCCUCUCCCUGCGCACUUCAAGGGCACGGGGGAGUGGAAGGGCACGAGGGACGGGAGGCUGGUGUUUGUCGGGAUUGAUGAGUCGGGCCAUGAGGUGCCGCGCUUUCAACGCGAGGCCAGCUACAAUAUCUUGAUGAGCUGGAUGUCGGGGUGGCGUGAGUGA